AUGGUUGAUGGUUCAGAAACAGGGGAUGGGAGCAGACCGUGUGAAGGCCAUGUUGAAAUCUAUCAUGAGAAGAAAUGGGGCUACGUUGGAGAUAAAGGCUGGAACAGGGCUACUGAAGAAGUGGUGUGCAAAAGCAUAAACUGUGGGGAACCUAUGGAGGACUUAACAGUGGAUGUGAAGUGGCCCUUUGGUAACAGCACAGUCUGGCUCAAUGAAUUAAAGUGCAAUGAAAACCAUAAAAAUCUGUGGGACUGUGAUUUUCCUGGCUGGAACAUCAGCUUUUACAAAAAAUGGACAGUGAAAAAGAUAACAUGUAGAAAUAACAUUAGCAUAAGCCUGGAUGGAUAUGACUGUGCAGGAGCUGUCCAGUUUUCCAUAAAUGGGAAAAAAAGUUACUUUUGUGACUUGGGUGAAAGAGAAGCCAAUUUUUUGUGCGAAAGCCUCAAUUGCAGUGCGUCCAAGGAGAUCGUUAAGGAGGAAUGGAUGGGUUGGAAACACUUACAAAACUCAGAGAUGACCCUCAACUGUGCAGGCAUUAAUGAUGUACAAAAUCUGUGGCAGUGUGCAAAGCAGGGACCACAAGUAUGCAAAAAUCCUGUUUCUGUCAUAUGCAAAGGUCAUAAAAGACUGCAACUCGAAGGAGAUCCAUCAAAUGUAUGUUCUGGGAAUUUGCAAACGAUGGAAAAUGGCAAAUGGACUUAUAACAACAGCAAAUCCAGCCUUAAUGUGUGCCAACAAAUGAACUGUGGUACUGUUUAUAAGCAGACAGGCGAUAAAGUGACAUGCACAGACAAUAUUAAAGUAGUUCUAAGGGAAAACAACAAUCCCAGCACCUGCUAUGGUGCAGUACAUAUUCAAGUGAAUAAUUUAUCGCUGCCUGUGUGUGGCAACAGCUGGACCGAGAAGAAUGCUGAAGUAGUUUGCAAGGAGCUAAACUGCGGGAAGGUGGUUCCUUUUGAUAAGACGAAAAAAACAACAACAACAAGAAGAGGCAUAAUGGACUAUGUGAAAUGCUCAGGCGAAGAGUCUUCACUAUGGCACUGUAGGGCCAAGCGUGACAAAACACCUUUCACAUGUGAUUCCAUGGCCUACGUAGUCUGUGCAGCUAGUAUUGACGUGAGAUUAGCGGACGGUCCUGGAAAAUGCGCUGGGAGAGUAGAGAUCAAGCAUGAGGGCCAAUGGAAAAGAGUCAGAAAAAACAAUUGGAAAGAAACCAACUCAGAUGCUGUCUGUAGACAACUGAAAUGUGGAAAUAAAGGAAAAUCCAACAGUUCUGAAAAAUUCAGUAAGGGUUCAGGUGAUUUCCUGGCUCACAAAGUAGACUGCAGUGGAAACGCCGCAAACAUAAAUGAGUGUUUUGAAAACAAACAACAAAACCAAGAAACCCAACGUGCAGAGGACGAGCCAGUGGGGAUAAUCUGUGAGGAUCACAAGGUGGUAUUUCUGAAGGGAAAAAAGGCCUGUUCUGGCACCGUGGGGAUAGAACAUGGCACCAAAACCCACUGGCUCUCCGGGUCUAACGAGACAUGGAACCAAUACUCUGCAAACGCAGUAUGUCAGCAGAUGCACUGUGGGAAAGCCACCCAGUAUAACUUCAUCGAUAGUAAAAUGUUCAAAGAAGGAGUUUGGAAAGAAUCUUACAGCUGCUUACCCAACACCAAAUCUCUGUUUGAAUGUGAAAACAGAACAUUGCCAUCUAACCACAGUGACACUAUUGCCAGUGUGACAUGCUCAGGAAAAAUCAAAAUAAACCUGACCAAUCAGUGUCAUGGGCGCGUCAACGUUUGUGUGAAUGAGACAUGUGGAGGUGUGUGUGCAGACACCUGGACAGAACAAAUGUCUUUGAUGCUGUGUAAAAACCUCGGCUGCGGGGAUAAAAUCCUACGUCUACAAAAAAAGCAUGAAAUAAGUAACGUGAUCAUCCAGAGCUUGCACACUACACAGCACACCACCAAAGUGAACCAGUGCAACUUGGUCAGAAGGGCUGAAAAUGAUGAAGCCUGUAAGAACAACGCAGCCUAUGUUGCUUGCUCAGGUAGUGUCAAGGCCGAAAUGUCUUCCAGUAACAAAUGUUAUGGAAAUGUCGUGCUGCACUAUGACGACCAGUGGCUCCCUGUGUGUAAGGCUGCUCUUAACGACACGGAAACUCGAAACGCCAUCUGUGGGGACCUGAAAUGUGGUCAUGCUCUCAAGACGAUUGACUUUGGACCAUCAGUAAGCGGUCAAGUCAUUUCAGAAAUGAAUUGUUCUGCAAACGGCAAGGAGUCAUUACAAGCUUGUAAUAUCACUUCUACCACGAGCACCUGCACUCAUGGUUUCCUCAAAUGCGCCGGUGAGCAUAGGGUCAACCUUUCAGACAAGUGCCAUGGUGACGUGAAGAUAAAUGGAGUUGAAGUGUGCGACAGUGACUGGGAAGACUUCCAAUACCACUUGGUUUGCCAAGCUCAGGACUGUAGCAACGCUGUUGUUAAAAUCCCCAGUGUUAGAAACCCUAAUCCAGCUGUGGACUACCAUCAUGUCAAAUGUGAGAAGCACCAUUACAAACUUAGCCAGUGCCUUCAUUUCAAGGGAAAGUGUAACAGAGAAUUGGUAUCUGUUUACUGCACUGAGAAUGUCAAGUUCAAUACUACAGAAAAAUGUGGAGGUCAGAUUGAAGUCAAUUAUCGAAAUAAGUGGGAAAAAGUGUGUCCCCUGAAUCCAUCAUUUACCUCUAAAUUUAAGGAAAUGCUGUGUAAAAACCUUAACUGUGGUGGUCUCGCUCUUAAAAUACAGAACAACAACAACAAGAAAACGGACAUCUUGGAAACACACCUGCAUUGCACAACUGAUCACAUGGACAUCAAACACUGUGUCAUCCACGAGCGUUGUUCAAACGUUACACCAGCUGAGAUCUACUGUGAUGGGUAUGUGAUAAAACUACCGCCCACAGGGCCACCCAGGCCAAUCUCCAUAGUGCCUAUUCUCCUGGGAGUAGGAUUACUUUUGGUUCUGGUGAUAGUGAUUGUUGUGUUUAUAAGAAUCUUCAUUGUCAAGAAAGCCAAGAAUGUCUCAUCGAGAAUGUUCCCAAGACAAGAAGUAGAGUUUGAAAGUGGCGACUAUGAGGAUGUCAAAAGCAAAGAAAAUGAAAUGGAAGAAUCUCAUCGUGGCAGGUUCAGAUCAGAGGCUGAAGUCAUCACAGAGAGUGACACCAGGAGCAAUGCCUCAUUUUCAUACGAUGAUAUUGAUGAAGCUGCUGAGGCUCAGCCCCUGACCUCUAAGGCCGCCACUGCUGGUCCCACAGGUGACAAUUAUAUCCAUGAGGGCGCCCUCGAUCAAAGCAGAGAUGAGGUGACCUAUGAGGUGGAAGACCCACAGGAGAAUUACGACGACAUUGAAACCAGCCCUGAAAUCUCUCAGACUAAAGUUGAAGUCCACGACAGCCCCCAAACCACACCUGAAAGUAUUGCAGCGGCAUCUCCAGCUUUGGUGCAGGAGGAUGAGGACUACCUGGUGCCGGGCCAUGAUGGGUGAGCCAAAACUGGGUUUAAAAUCUGCUAUAAUCAAAUCAAAUCUGGCAAAGUCGAUCACCCCAAAUCAAACCCCCUUUUACUCAUAUGGACAAACAAUAUAAGAGUAAAGAAUCUUUUAUGCAGUAGACAUUUGCUGAAGUUGUUAAAAUAAACUAAAUCAAAAUUGAGAGCAUAAAAAUCAGAUUGCGUCCCUAUAUAAAAGCAAUUCAAGUGAAUGUAUGGUUUGAAACUUAAAGAUUGUGCAGUUUGUAAAUAGGAAAAAUUACAUUUGUCAGAAAACAUAAUCUGAGUAUGUAAUACUAAUUUGUGUACCACCCUGUGAGAUUUAGUUAUCUUUAUUUCUUCUUUUACAUAAGUGUGUAUUAUUAAUGUAAAAUGUGUUGUUGAGGGAAAUUUGUGGUAAAAUAUUUUUUCUCUUGUGAUAAAGAUUUCACAAUGCAAAGAUAGUGUCGUGGAAAGGAUUUUUAUGUUUAUAUCAUUCAUUCUAAUUAUUAGUGCCUGUUGUUGAUUUAUUGGCUUUUAUGAAAUGUGCCCAAUCACAUGUUAUUUUCUGAUUAAAUGUAUGCCUACUUUAAAAAAAAAAAAUUGAUGGAUAUAGUAGUUGAGCUUCCAUGGUUUCCGCAAUAUUAUUUUGCUUGAGUUUGUCAAUUUAUCUAUUAAAUGCAAUCCAUCAAUACACCUUUCUAUAGUCAUAAAAUAAGCUCUAUAAUGCAAAGAUAUAUGUUAAAUAAAUAAAAUAAAUAAAUGUUACAUCAGUCAAACUCCUUGUGUAACACGGCUGAUACAGCAAACUCAGGUCAUGUUAUGACAUUGUUACAUUGCAUAUUUUAUGUGUUUAUGAGCUUUGUAAGAAUGUUUAACCAUGUUUUUAAGGAAUAGAUGCCAAGACUUAGAUGAGAAGAUUUAUACCACUCUCAUAUCUGAACAGUAAAUAUGAAAUUACAGCCAAAAGUUAUUUUUACAUAGCACAAAGACUGCAAACAGAGGGACACAGCUAGCCCGGCUCUUUCCAAAGGUAAGAAAAGACACCCAGAAGCAUGUCUGAAGCUCACUGAUUAAUACAUUUUAUCUAGUUUGUUAAAUUUGGACAAAACCACAGUCAAAUCAAGAAGUUUUACAGCGGGUUAUGUGCGAGACUAUUCCUCGACAAUGUGUUGUCUUCAGUGUUUGUAAGGUAUCAAUCUUCUCAUUUAACUCUCUGCAAGAAAGCAAAUACAUGUAAUUCCCAAAAUGUCAAAAUAUUCCUAUUUAUCAUGAAUAUAAUGUUCAGUUAGCCAUGAAUGUCAUCUUUAUCGUUUGUCUUCAACAACACUGUAGGUGUUGUAAAGUACUUACUAAACUUGUAUUUACUAAACUGAUUAAAAAACAGUAAAUAAUAGUAAUAGUUAA